AUGCCCACCGGUACAUCCUCCCCCGUUAAGCGCCCCGGCCUCGGCCGCCGCGCUGUCUCCUCGCAUGCCGUUGUCACGCGGUCAAACUCCAACAGCGAGCUGUCGCAAUCCCCGACGUCCAAGACCACUGGUCAUAAAGCGCAUCGCCCGCAUGUCGUCGGUGGUGGCCGCCAUCAUCACCGCAACCCUUCCACCGGAAAAAACGUGAACAAGCUACAAAGAUUUCAACUACCUGCCGAGUCUAGUGGACGUCAUCACCACCGGAAGAAAUCCGCCCCAGCCACUCCCGUUGCCAGCCCCAAAGAGAAAGCUCACGUACGGUGGGACGGGGGAACAGAAGAUCAUCCCAAGAAUCAUUCGAUGAAAAGAAAUAAUUCAACACCUGCUUUACGACGAAAUAACUCGGGUUUCGGGAAAAAAGCUCUGGUUGGGGACCGACCUCUGUCGAGUGCUGGGAAGAAGAAGACGGUCGGGUUUGAGUUGGGCGACUAUGAGAACGACGACGCCGAAUGGGAAGACACCACGCAAUCCCCUGAAAGCACACGGCGCAACUCUGUCGUGCCAUCUAACCAUAGUGCAGAAAACGCACAGGUCCUGGUCGAUCCUCUCACUUUUGUGAAGCGUGCGUAUCCUCAAGUUCCCCGCGCUACGAGUCUUCCAGAUUCGAUCACCAACCGGUACCUGCGAGAGCAGACCAUACAAGAAGAGGAACGUCAAGAAGAAGAAGAGGAGGAGGAUCAAGAGUCAGACAACGACAAAACCGAACCCACUCAACAGGGUGAACAGGGUGACAUUGCAAACCGUCUUCUAAGUCCAUCCCACUCAGCAAGAGCUCCUCCCGCUAUGACUUCCAUCUCAGCGAUGGCUAAGCCAACGGACUCAGCAUCACGCAACGCCUCAUCUGUUAAUCUUACAGCUGCCCAUGAUGGUGCACGUCGUACGUUCUCUGCCACCAACAUGAGACAGGGGAACCAAGCUCCCGCUGCUUCAUCAUCCAUGGAAGGUGGUGUCUCACGGUUUAUCCCAAGCAAUAAAUCUGGGCCCCAUUCAUCAUCCCGAACUGAUUCAAAUCCGAAUACGCCAUCUUCGUUCCUUCCCCACUAUCAUCCGCAAACACCUCCGUCCCCAAAGCGUGGUUCAGCGACAGCUAUCGCAUCACCAGCGCCAAGCAGAGGCGCCGAUCUAUCACGGACACAACAGAAGCUAUGGCUUCAACGUACAGCAACGCUCAACAAUUCGCCGCCCGAAUCACAUAGUGUGUCCAGUGCAGUAUCGCCAUCAAAUCUUGACCCAACCUUUAUCGCGACGAACGGCGCACGAUCUGGCCCUGGUGCCUACGAUGCCAAUGGGGCUUUAAAUGGCGGCAGUCGUAUUAGACUACCAGGCCAAGACAACGAGGCACGCACCGUAAGAAAAGCUUACGAAAAGUCCUCUCUUGAGCUGAAUGUAGUCAGGCGAUUCCAGUCGCCAACCGGUGAUAGCUUCAAUCGACUGCGUGUUGUGACUCGACCUUCCCAAGAAUCUCGCCGUGCCGAUAAAGGGGCAGCUCUUGGGAAACCAGUGAAGUCCGCCCCUUCUUUGCCUCUUCUGCAGCACGGACGACACCCCAGCCGGCUUGGGUCGAGUUCCGAAUCAAGAUUACAGUUGCCUGACCCCAACUCUUCGGCUUCCGAAGACCCCGCAAGCCAUGGCGAGGCCUCGACCCACACGAGCCAUGCAAGAAAGUCAUCGCACCCAUCUCAGCGCAUUCUUUCUAGUUCAGAGGAGGCUGUACAUAAUGGUCCCGGCGACCAAGACUCCGAAGACUACCCACCUGUCCCCGAAAUCGCGCUAAUGCUUCGUCGCAUGUGGGACAGUCGAGAGGUCGCUACGUCGGGUUAA